GUGGUUCGCUGGUCGAGAGCGUUUAUUUCAUGCCGUCGGAUGCUUUCGACAUUGAAGCGUUGGCGGUUGUUCGCGGAUUGCUCAUCAGUGCUUGCCAAUAUUGUUUUGCGGCAGUGCAGGCACAUUCUUGCAAUUGAUGUAUUGAGGCCUGAUGUAUAUUUGUAUAUAGUACAUUGUGUCUGUGGAAGUGACUGACAGCGAAGCAAACGAGCGACGGUCAACAAAAGUGACCAAAUAUUCAAGUAACUGUGAAACGCCAAUAAAAACAAGUGGUUGCGGCUGCUCGCUGGUGCUCAGCGGCUUGCUCGCUGCGCUGGUUGGAUUUAGUAUAGAACGAAGCGUGCUCACAGUCGCAAGUAUUUACAAACAAUCGUGUUUUUUCGUCACUGUUUCGAUUGUAGAGCGAAUAUAUUUGCCGCCAUCCAGUUAUGGUUCAGCCACAACAAAGGCUGCCCAUCGUUCCGCCGCCAACUUACUUUGCUGUAGGUCCCCAGCCGCAUGAGGUAACCUGUCCCUACUGUAAAGCAACGGCUAAGACCAUAAUGCAGCGACCAAUACUGCGCUGCUUCAGUCGACGUCAUUACUGUUCCGAGUGCGGUGAAUAUUUGGGCACAUAUCGGCGGCCGCAACUUUGAGUUCAAUUUUUGCCAUCUAUUGGAUUGUAAACAAACUAACUCCAUAUGUAUUAAUGUGUGUAAUUUUUAAAAUUUAUGCAUGUAUUUGCAUACUUUUAAGUUUUUCUCAAUAUUUAACACAGUUUUUUGACUAUACAUUGUAAAUCAUAACAAAUAAAUGUAAACAAAAAUUGCAUUUA